GAGAGAAAUGAAAGAAGCCAAGGAAAUGGAGGGUGAGCUCAAGAACUUCAUCAGGUUAUGUGUUCUCACCAUGGCAUCUCUACUCUAUAGUUACUUCAUUGCAGCAAAGAUCCCAAAGGGUUUGCUAAGGCUCAUCUCCCUCCUCCCUGUCAUCAUCCUCUUAUCCAUCCUCCCCUUCGACCUCAACAGCUUUUACAUAGGUUUGCCGGCCAGGUUUUUCCUUGCUUGGCUUGCCAACUUCAAGCUCCUCCUGUUUGCCUUCGAUCAGGGCCCUUUGUCACUACCAAAACAUGACCUUCUUCGUUUCAUCCUCAUGGCUUGUUUCCCUUUCAAGAUCAGACAAAACCUACCUCCAGAAACACCAUCUGAAGCCAAGAGUAACCCCAUUUUGGAGGCUGCAACUAGAGCUACAAUUGUAUCGAUUGUGCUUCGUACUUAUGAAAACUAUAAACACUGCGUGAAUCACAAACAUGUCUUUUUGAUCUAUGCUUUCGUCACGUACCAUGGAACACAACUUCUCUUUGCCUUGUCUGCAAUCCCUGCUCGACUCCUCCUCCAAGGCGUCGAACUCGAGCCACAGUUCAACGCACCGCUGUUUUCCACUUCACUACAAGAUUUUUGGGGCCACAGGUGGAACCUCAGGGUCUCGGACCUCCUACGCGAAACCGUCUACAACCCCGUACGUCGUGUCUCCACCAUUAUCAUCGGACCUCGAUGGUCCUCGUUGCCUGGUGUUUUCGUGACGUUCCUCGUCUCUGGUUUGAUGCACGAACUGCUUGUUUCCCGCAUGUUUCGUCAGAGCCCGACGUGGGAAAUGACUUGGCUUUUCAUCCUGCAUGGAGGGUUGGUGGAUGUGGAGAUAGUGCUGAAGAAGAAAUUGGUGACGACCAACAGGUUUCGGCUUCACAGGGCGAUUUCAGGACCAUUGGCUUUGGCAAACUUAUCUGUGACGACUAGCUGGCUGUUGUACACGAAGUUUCUGAGGAUUGGCAUGGAUGACAGUUCAAACUCUCCAUGGAAUUUCUCAAGGGCUUGGCAACAGGCAAAUACUAAACCAAUUGCUCCACUGGCAUAGGCCAAAUGGUUCCUCAUAGCUAGAAAUGCCAAAAUACUCAUGUCCCAUCAACUUUACACUUCUUGUUUGAGUGAAAAAUUUAACAAAUUAAG